UAUGACUUUAUAGCAACCAUGGAUCCCUUGCCGGGUAUAAGCCAAUCAGCCAUGUCAACCAUUUAACUAACUUGACCAUAAAAUCCAAAAGGGCAUAACUUGAACUUGACUUGACUUUACCCGACUUGGUUAAUGAUACUAUAUACUCACAUCGGGCAAACAACAAGCAAACACGACUCGCCCUGCUUAUUUAGGUGGUUUACUUACAGUAGUAUAGGUACAUACACCUACAUAGGUAGGCAAAUAUUAGGUUAAGCACAUACUAGGCAUAGCUCGGGACUUACACGGCACGGCACGGUACGGUACUUACAUGGUUACCGGCACACACACGCACAUCCAUCGACCAGAUGAAGGGUCCAGCAUGCCGGCGGCUAACCCAGAUAGGCCUCCUCCACAAUCGGGGGGGCUACUACUACCACCACCACCACCACUACUACCGCACCAUCGGCCGGCGGACCGGCGGACACUCGCUUUCUUCAUUUUCAACAACAGCAGCAGCAAGUUCACGAUGGCUGAGAAGGGGGGUUUUGGUCGGUUCGGGGUCUCCUCCUCCCCUUACUACCAGCGCUAAUGCUGCUACCACCACUCCUACUACUGGUAGUAUGGGCAUAUACCAUCCUACUCAGCAGCAGGUGCGGGGCAAGAAGACGAAGUCGCGGAUGAAGCUGGAGGACCUGCCGCGAGGGGUGCCUCUAAUAGACGAGGUAGAGGAAGUAGAGCCAGUAGAAGAAGAAGAAGAUGAGCAGGAAGAGCAAGAGGUAGUAGGCGAGGAAGAGAUGGAGAUGGAGGUAGAGGAGGAAGCAGAGGGGAAGAAGAAGAAGAAGAAGACGGCAAAAGCAAAAGCAAAAACAAGUACCAAGAAACCUCGGACGAAAAAAACGCCGAUGAGAGUGGAUGAGGUAGAGCCAGUAGAAGAAGAAGAAGUAGAAGAUUUAGAAGAGCAGGAGGUAAGUCAGGAAGACAUGGAGACGGAGGAGACGAAGCCGAAGAAGCCGAAGAGAAAUGCAAAGGCAAAAACAAGCAGCACCAGGAAGCCGAGGACGAUGCGAGUAGCGGAUCUACCACAAGGGCGGGUCGAGAUACCACCAUCACUUUUGGGGACAGAGGGGGAAGGGGAAGGAGAGGACGGAGAAGAGCCGGCGUACCCGACGGUGGUGCUUCAGGCGCACCGCAACAUGCGGCGGUUCGAGAACUGCGUGCUGCUGACGCGCGUCGGCGGCUUCUACGAGCUGUACUUGCACCAGGCCGAGGAGUACGGCCCCCUGCUGAACCUGAAGGUCGCGCAGAAGAGGACGAGUGCUGGGCCGGUGCCUAUGUCCGGCUUCCCCUUUUUCCAACUAGACCGGUUCCUCAAGACGCUCGUAGUAGACCUGAACUGCUACGUGGCCAUCGCGGAGGAAUUUCCCAACAGCGCCGGCGACAGGAUCAAGGCCAACGGGCUCAUGCACGACCGCCGCGUCACCCGCGUCAUCACCCCGGGCACCUUGAUCGACGAAAACUUCAUCGACCCUUACGCUAACAACUACGUCAUGGCUAUCCACGUUAGUCCUCGACAGAAGGACGAGGAGAAGGGAGAGGGGGAGGAGGCGACGGCGAAUGAUGGUGAUAAUGAAACUAUCAGUACCAACAUAGAUAUCGGACCUCUCGCAACGCUUCAAUCCAACGCCGCCGCCGCCACCGCCAGUACUGCUGCCGCCACCCCUAUAGGAGUAGCCUGGAUCGACGUAUCCACAGGGCAGUUCUACACGCAAGCCACGACCGUGACCUCGCUCCAAACCGUGCUCUCGCGCGUCGCGCCGCGGGAAGUCGUCGUGGACAAGAUCCUCGAGUCGCAGCGGGACGAGCACAAGCUCUUCUCCGUGCUGGCCGAGGACAAGCACCUGAUCACGUUCGCGGCGCCGGGGGAGCACCUGCCGCUGUCGGCGUGGACGCCCAUGCUCGAGUCCGAGGUCGCGGCGCCGCAGAGCUUCACGGCCGACGAGGUCGCCGCCGGCAGCCUGCUGCUGCAGUACAUCCGGGACCGGCUGCAGGGGCUGAGCAUGAGGCUGCAGCCGCCGCUGCGGUACGAGAACAUGUCCGUCAUGUCCAUCGACAAGAGCACCAUGCGCGCGCUCGAGAUCAAGCAGACCAUCCGCGACGCCGGCUUCCGCGGCAGCCUGCUGCAUGCGGUUCGGCGGACCGUGACGAAGGGAGGUGCCCGGCUGCUCCACAACUGGCUCAGCGCGCCCUCCACCUCGCUGAAGACCAUCACGUCGCGGCAGGACCUCGUGGAGCACUUCAUCCAGAGGCCGGACCUGCGCGACGAGAUCGUGACGCUGCUGCGGCGGAGCCACGACUCGCAGCGCCUGGUGCAGAAGUUUGCGCUCGGGCGGGGGGACCCGGACGACUUCAUCGCGCUCGCCAACACCAUCCGGGCGACGCAGCGGAUCGUCGCGCGCCUAGAAGAGACCGAAGCCGAGACCGGGGGAGCGGCUGCUGGCUGCUUCGCCCCGCUCCUCUCCCGCAUCCAGCUGCAGAGCCCAGUCGAGCUCGCCAACCGGAUCAAGUCGUCGAUCGACGAGGACGGGCUGGUGCAGCAGCAGCAGAACGAGGACGACGCGGCGAGCCAGCUCAUGACGCUCGCCGAGAACGUCGUCGUCUCCGAGGGCGAGGACCCGUCCUCCAUGCUGCCCAAGUCCAUCAGCAGCAAGAAGAAACGGCAGACGCCGUCCACCAGAGACUACUACACCUCCGACGACAACGCGCCUUUUGUCAUGAAGCCCGAGGCGAGCGAGGGCCUGCGCGCACGCCACACCAAGCUCUCCGCGCUGCUGCGCGAGAAGCUCAGCCUCGCCGAGACGCUGCGCGAGCGCUUCGGCGCGGCGAGCCUGACGCUGCGGUGGACGCCGACGCUGGGCCACGUGUGCCACGUCAAGGGGACCAAGGACCUGCGACGGCUGACGGAGAUCGAGGUGGCCUCGGUGAGCUCGAGCCGGAGCACACGCACCUUCCACCUGACGGAGUGGACCGCACUGGGGCGGCAGAUCCUGCAGACGCGCUACGAGAUCGGCGCCGAGGAGCAGCGCAUCUUCGCCGACCUCCGCGCCAGCGUCGUCGCGAACCUCGUCAAGCUCCGGCGCAACGCCGCCGUCCUCGACGAGCUCGACGUCGCCGCUUCCUUUGCGCGCCUCGCCGCCGAACAGGGCUGGAUCCGGCCUAUCCUCCUCGACUCUGCUGCCGCCACGACGUCACCUCCCCCCUCGGACCCUUCUUCCUCCUCUUCUACUACUACCAAUACUACUGUUACUACUACAUCCACGCCCACCACCGUGAUAAUCGGCGGCCGCCACCCCACCGUCGAAGCCGGACUCCACGAACAAGGACGGAGUUUCACCAAGAACGACUGCAUCCUCGGGAACCACACUAGCAGCGAUGCCUCCUCACCCACCCACGGCACCCUCCGCCUCAUCACGGGGCCCAACAUGGGCGGCAAGAGCACGUACCUGAGGCAAAACGCGCUGAUCGCGGUCCUGGCCCAGGCCGGGUCGUACGUGCCAGCCGACUACGCAGCCCUCAGCAUCGCCGACGCCGUCUACUCGCGCGUCGGCUCGGCUGACAACCUGUACAGCGACCAGAGCACCUUUAUGGUCGAGAUGCUCGAGACGGCAGCCAUCCUGCGCUCUGCCACCUCGCGAUCUCUCGUCAUCAUGGACGAGAUCGGCCGGGGCACGACACCCGAAGAUGGCACCGCCGUCGCCUUUGCCGCGCUACACCACCUCGUCACGGUGAACAAGUGCCGCGCGCUCUUUGCCACGCAUUUCCAUAGCUUGGCGGACCUGGUCGAAGAGCGCAGCAUGCUCAUUGCGCAAGGGGGCGCCGUCGAGAUGUACUGCACCGACGUGGAGGAAGAUGGACUGGGGAGCUUUGUCUACGUGCACAGGCUACGAGAGGGAAUUAACCGGGAGAGCCACGCACUCAAAGUCGCGCGGCUGGCCAACCUACCUGAAAUUGCUAUUACAGUUGCGAGGGAGAUCCUGGAGAGGAAUGGUAAAAGGCAUAGUCAAACGUUGUAGUCGGAAUACGGCUUUACAUCAUGAUACCCAGAGUCCCAGACAAAAGGGCAAGUAGUCAAGAGGAAGAAGAAGGCUAAGUUGGACGGCAUUGUGAUUAAGCACGGCUAUAGGAUUCUGGAAGCAAGUUAGCGCCCAACUCUAUGUACGAUAU